AUGGGGGCAGGACGGGCUGGGGACGGGGACGGGGCCAGGCAGGAUGAAUCCAGGGAAGGAUGGGGACGGGAUGGGAUGGGGCCAGGACAUGAUGGGGCCGGGAAGGAUGGGGACGGGAAGGAUGAGGCCGGGGCAGGAUGGGGAUCAGCAGCACCACGCCCCCACCCCCCCCCACCCCCCCCAGCCAGCGUGGCGGAUCCGGGGCACCCCCCCCAUCCCCCCCCGUCACCCCCCCAAAAGGCGGGGCCUCCCCGCCCCUUCCCCCCCCCCCCGCCCUCUCCCGGGACGGCGCGGCUGGAUGCGGGCGCUGGGGGCGCCGGGGGCGUUGGGGCUGGGGGUGCUGCUGGCCCUGCUGCCCCCCCCCGCCCCGGCCGAGACCUUCACGGCCAUGCUGAGCGUCCGGAGGGCGCUGGGCUCCGAGGGCCGCCUGCUCCGCCGCCUCCGAACCUACCUGCGGGAGGAGAGCGCCCGCCUGCGCCGCAUCGCCAGGUUUUAUGAGAAGGUCCAGGCACUGCACCAGGACCCCAAGGCCUCGGUGGACAACCCCUUGCUGGCCUUUAGCCUCAUCAAGCGUCUCCACUCUGACUGGCCCAACGUUGUCUACAGCGAUGAGGCCGCUGAGAACACCCAAGUACUCCAAGCCGGCUUCAAGGAGGUGGAGCAGGAGCUGCCUGGAGCCGAGGACCUGGAUGGGGCUGCCCGGGCACUGAUGCGGCUGCAGGACGUCUAUGCACUCAGUGUCAAGGGCAUGGCCAACGGUGUCUUCCAGCGAACCGGUGCCGGCCGGCCGCCCCUCUACAGCCCUGGCCGGCGCGUCUCCCUCUCUGCUGAUGACUGCUUCCAUGUGGGCAAGGUGGCCUAUGACAUGGGUGACUACUACCACUCCAUCGCAUGGCUGGAGGAGGCUGUCAGCCUCUUCCGCCUCUCCUACGGUAGCUGGAACCCCGAAGACCGGAGCAGCCUGGAGGAUGCUCUGGACCAUCUUGCCUUCUCCUACUUCAUGGCUGGAAACAUCUCCCAUGCCUUGAGCCUCUCCAGGGAGUUUCUCCACUAUGGUACACGGGACAACCUCGGAUGUGGCAGGAGGAGGGGAGAGGUUUUGGGGUGUCCCCAUCACCUCUAUCCCAGUAACAGAAGGGUGACAAGGAACGUGGCCAAGUAUGAGAAGCUGCUGGAGAUGGGGACGGCGGUGAGUGCUGGACCCCUCCAACGCCCCAAUGGCACCCGCCUGCAGAGCCGUGACGCCUACGAGGAGCUGUGCCAGCGCCCGAGGGGGCAGCCGGCUCCGGAGCUUCACCCGCACCUCAGCUGCUCCUACGAGACCAAUGGCAACCCCUACCUCCUUCUCCAGCCUGCCAAGAAGGAGAUGGUCUGGAUCCAACCCUACGUGGCUUUGUACCAUGAUUUCAUCAGUGACGACGAGGCUGAGACCAUCAAGGGGUUGGCAGGGCCCUGGCUGCAGAGGUCUGUGGUCGCCUCUGGGGAGACGCAGCAGAAAGCCGAGUACCGGAUAAGCAAGAGCGCAUGGCUGAAGGACACCGCUGACCCGGUGGUGCGGGCGUUGGAGCAGCGCAUCGCUGCCGUCACCGGCCUGGACCUGCGGCCACCCUACGCCGAGUACCUCCAGGUGGUCAACUAUGGGUUGGGAGGCCACUACGAGCCACACUUCGACCACGCCACGUCCAGGAAGAGCCCCCUUUACAGAAUGAAGUCAGGCAACAGGAUCGCCACCGUCAUGAUUUACCUGAGCGCGGUGGAGGCCGGCGGUUCCACCGCCUUCAUCUACGCCAACUUCAGCGUGCCCGUGGUUAAGAACGCAGCUCUCUUCUGGUGGAACCUGCGGAGGAACGGGGACGGUGAUGGGGACACCCUGCACGCCGGCUGCCCUGUCCUGGUCGGGGACAAGUGGGUGGCGAAUAAGUGGAUCCACGAGCACGGGCAGGAGUUUCGGCGGCCGUGCAGCGCCGACCCGCAAGACUGACCCAUCAUGGGCUCGAGGACAAGGCACCCAUGGGUGGCAAAGCCACCUCGGCGCAGCAUGUCCCCAAGGCUGCAGCAAGAGGAGGGAGGGAAUGGGGUG